GCUAAUUGAGAUUUGUCCAUCUGUGUGAUCUUGAUCUCGUCUCGGCACACAGUUCCCACAAAGUCCUUGAGCAAGUUGGUCCGAAAUCGGUUCGAGAAGAAAACAGAAAUGGCAAACAUUCCCGGAAAGUAUGACUUUGUCUCCACGGACAAGUACGAGGAUUUCCUUAAGGCUUGCGGAGUGGGUGUGGUAAAUCGCACCAUCGCCUCCAAAAUCAAGAACCAGUUGGAGUACGUUGACAACGGGAAUGGGAGCUGGACCCAAAAAACCUUCUCCACCUUCAAGAACUUCCAGAUUGAUUUCAAACUUGGGGAGAAAUUCGUCGAGGAGACGGCAGACGGCAGGAAAUGCGAUGCCGUGAUCACAUUGGAAGGGAACAAGUUUGUCCACAAGCAGUCUCUGGAUGGGGAGGGGGCCGUGGUGACCCGUGAGUUCAAGCCCAACGGGGAGUUGGUCUGCACCUUCGAGUGCAAAGAUGUCACGGCCGUGCGUGUCUACAAGAAAGUGUAAACCUCGUCGAUUGGCAAUAAUAAACCUGUGACUUGUUUUUCGUUGAUAAGCAAAAAUA